UUCCAUAAAACGCCGCACGAAUAAAACUUGCAAAUCAUUUUGGUACCGAUAUAAACCAUAUUUUCGUAAAAUGAGUUUUCUUAGCAUUGACCAUUUCUCCGAUUACAAAGUCCAUGGAGCACAGCGUCCUGAUUUUUCGCCUUACGAAUCGAAUGGCGGCUCUAUUGUUGCCAUUGCUGGAGACGACUUCGCGGUGAUUGCAGCAGAUACGCGCCUUAGCAGCGGCUACAGCAUCCAUUCGCGCACUCAAACAAAGUUAUUCCAGUUGUCACCUCUCACGGUGCUGGGGUCCACGGGCUGCUGGUGUGACACACUCUCGUUAACAAGUCUGAUGAGAGUGCGCAUGCAGAUGUACGAGCACACUCAUCUGAGGACUAUGACCACUGACGCAGUGGCGCAAAUGCUCUCCAUUACCAUGUACAACCGGCGUUUCUUCCCAUACUAUGUCUCCAACAUAUUGGCAGGCAUCGACAAGAACGGCAAGGGCGUUGUAUUUUCCUACGAUCCAAUUGGCCACUGCGAAAAUGCAAAGUGUCGUGCUGGCGGCACUGCAGGACCUUUGUUACAGCCAGUGCUAGACAACCAAAUUCAAUUAAAAAAUAUGAACUUGGAUGAGAAAGAUAAGCCGAUACUUACAAAAGAGCGCGCUGUUAGUGUGGCUUCGGACACAUUCAUUUCAGCUGCUGAGCGCGACAUCUACACUGGUGAUUUCGUUGAAAUCAAAAUUAUUACCAAGGAUGGUAUUGAGUCUAUGACAAUAAACCUCCGCAAGGAUUAGAAGGGCAACGUGGUUAUGGGAAUAACAUAAACUUCGAUCCUCAUGUCUUUAAUAUACAUACAUAUAUGAUUUCUGCAAAUGAAUAUAAUGGAUCUGAAUGGAUUGUUUGUGUAGUGAUGAAGCUAUUUUAAAAAUUAAAGUUUGAUAAAGCUUCAAA